AUGGAUCGAUGUGCUGAUAUACCCUUGAAUCUCCCUGCAGACUGGUCUGAUGUCAUCCAGGGCGGGAAGAGUUCCAGUGGUUCCACGGCUGCGAGCAGUGUGCGUUCCAAGAACUACUUUUGCGACUACGAUUCGUGCGGGAAGGCUUUCACGAGACCCUCUUUGCUCACGGAACACCAGCAGACAGUUCAUCAAGGGAUUAAACGGUUCCAGUGUCCGCAGUGUGAGAGACAGUUUGCAAGGCAAGCGCACUUGGACCGCCACUUACUCUCGCAUGCAGCGGACGCACAGAAACCGCACCAUUGCUCCGUCUGCGGUAAAGGUGUCGUGACGUUGCAACAGCUUAAGAGGCACGAAGUGACGCACACUAAAUCUUUCAAAUGCACAUACGAUGGGUGCACGGAAUCCUUCUAUAAACACCCGCAGCUGCGGUCGCAUAUUCUGUCUGUGCACGAGAGGAAACUCACCUGCGAGUUGUGUCACAAGGAGUUUCAGAGGCCGUACCGACUCAAAAACCACAUGAUAAAGCACCACGGGGAGCAAGUGUAUCAUUGCACUUUCUCCGGGUGUCUGCAAAAUUUCAAGAACUGGACUAAUCUGCAAGCUCACAUUAAAAGGGACCAUCCGAAGUUGAAGUGUCCGCGGUGCGAUAAGUACUUGGUGGGACAAACUGGGCUUCAAAACCACAUGAAGGUUCAUGACGACGCGCUCGUAAUGAAAAACUGGAAAUGCCACCUGUGCGACACUUCUUGCAACAGGAAAUUGGAGCUCGUCCAGCAUUAUGGAGAGUUUCACGCCUCAUCUGCUCUACCGGAAGAAUUGUUGCAACCUAUCAUGUUACCACCGUUGGUUCCACUGCCAUCGCAACCAGAUAUAACCAUUAGACGGAGACAUAAAAGUUCAGAGAACAAACAAUUGGAGAGUGAAGCUAAUUUGCAGAACUUUCUCGAUAAAAACGACUCAGGGUUGCUGUUGUUGAACACGAUUGGCAAGAAAUACAGAUGCCCGCACUAUAAGUGCUACAGAACGUUCAAAACGAAGGAAAAAUUCUACGUUCAUUUGGAGAAGCACAAAUUGCAUCAAGAGAAACUAGAACAACUCGAACAGCAGAAGCAGCAGGACCCAUAG